AUGCACUGAUGCUCCACCUGUGGCUCUCUCUCGUCCCUCUCCACCAACACUUCAAUACUCUGUCCCACAGUUCCAAGAAUGGGAAAAUCAGAGAGCCAAAUGGAUAUCAUGGAGAAAAGCACUAAACCGAGGAAGCAUCGCUGGACUGUAGUGGAGAUCGGACUGUCUGUCACUGUGCUUCUGAUGAGCUGCGCUCUGGCUGGACUCAUAGUGCUCUACACUUCAGCUCUGAGAGAGCGUUUUAACAUAAAUGAAUCUUCAAAAGGGCUGAAAUAUCGAUCAAACGCUGACAGCAAUGUCUGUACAACCCCACAGUGUGUCACUGCCGCGGCCCGACUGCUCCAGAACAUGGACCCCAGCGUGGAGCCGUGCCAGAACUUCUAUCAGUACGCCUGCGGAGGCUGGAUAGAGCGUCACGUCAUUCCCGAAACCAGCUCACUUCACAGCGUAUUCAAUAUCCUGAGAGACGAGCUGGAGAUCGUACUCAAGGGAGUUCUGGAGAUGGAAAAUAAGGACGACAGAGAGGCCUUCAAGAAAGCCAAAACGCUCUACAGCUCAUGCAUGAAUGAGACUCUGAUCGAGCAGCGUGACUCGCGGCCUCUCCUCAGGCUCAUUGACAGUAUCGGCGACUGGCCCGUGGCCUCUGGGGCCUGGAACAGCACAGCAGAGCAAGUGUGGAGACUGGAGGAUACCCUGGCUGUUCUGAAUGCACGGUACAAUAAGAAGGCUGUGUUUGAGAUGUUUGUGUGGCCUGAUGAUCGCGACUCCAGCCGCUACAUUAUUCAUGUUGACCAGCCAGCACUAGGAAUGCCUUCAAGAGAUUAUUACCUCAGUGAUGGGAAUUAUAAGAAGGUGCGCAAGGCCUACCUUGAGUUCAUGGUCUCCAUAGCAAGGAUUGCACGAGAAGACAGGAACCUGACCCAAGAUGAAGAACGUGUGAGGGAGGACAUGACUCGAGUGUUGGAGCUGGAGACAGACAUUGCAAACGCUACCUCACCUGCAGAAGAGCGCAAUGACAUCACCGUCCUCUACAACAAAAUGACACUGAGAGAAGUGCAGCAAGCUUUCAACCUCAAUGGCUUUAACUGGACGCGCUACAUCCAGGGUAUCAUGUCCAGCGUGUCAGUCACGGUGCAACCAGAUGAACCCAUAGUUGUGUACUGCUCACCAUACCUGGAGAAGCUCAGUGAUGUUCUUUCCAAACACAGUCACAGGACUCUGCAGAACUAUCUGGCGUGGAUGCUCAUCAUGGAGAGGGUCAGCAGUAUGAGUCGGCGCUUCAAAGAUGUGAGAGCGCACUACAGAAAGGCUUUGCAUGGCACUACGGUAGAGGAGGCAAGGUGGAGAGACUGUGUCCGUUAUGUCCAGGGAAACAUGGAGAACGCCGUCGGGGCCCUGUACGUCCGCGAAACCUUCUCUGGAAACAGCAAACGCAUGGUGCGUGACCUGAUCAGAAAGAUUCAGGAAGCUUAUGUGGAAACACUGGAAGAACUGAGCUGGAUGGAUGAACAGUCCAAGGAGAAGGCCAGAGAGAAGGCUAUGGCGAUAUCGGAACAGAUCGGUUAUCCCGACCACAUCCUUGAGGAGGAAAAUAAGAAAUUGGACGAGGAAUACACACACCUGAAUUUCAGUGAGGAGAACUACUUUGAGAACAUCCUGGAAAACCUGGCAGCUUCAGCCCAGAAAGUUCAUAAGAAGCUGAGGGAGCCUGUGGAUCCUGACAUGUGGAUUAUUGGUGCGGCUGUGGUCAACGCUUUCUAUUCACACAACAGAAACCAGAUUGUGUUUCCUGCUGGCAUCCUCCAGCCUCCGUUCUUCAGUGAAAAACAGCUGCAAGCUCUAAACUUUGGUGGAAUUGGCAUGGUUAUAGGACAUGAAAUCACUCAUGGAUUUGAUGAUCACGGCCGUAAUUUUGACAAGGAUGGGAACAUGUACAACUGGUGGAGCAACUACUCUGCCGAGCGCUUUGAGGAUCAAUCUAAAUGCAUGGUGGAACAGUACGGCAAAUUCAGCUGGAAACUCGCAGGAGGCCAAAAUACUCUAACCAGCUUGGUCAAGAUGGGCUACCAGGUCAAAGUUCAGCUGAUGAACCAUCUAGAGUAG